AAAGAUCCUGAAGGCAAGUGUCCUAUCCAUGCAUGCGUACAUAGACAGAAAAUGGACGCAAUGCAGGAUACUCUAGACCAGAUUCUGCAAGCGCUGCAUAAGCCAGGGAUUCGCCCAGCAGCUUUACCAUCGCUGCCACUCUCAGCAAUGACAGGCCUCUAUGCCGCUCAGUUAGGACCACCACCAAGUGUUUCAUCAACAGUAGCUCUAUCUCAGACUGUUGCUUCUUCAUCUUCUGGUCCAGCGACUGUUGCUACACCACAGUCGCCACCUGUCUCGCAAGUGGGACAACAAUAUCCUUGGUAUCCCAAGACCCCACUGAAUCUACCUGCAACCUUCUCAGGAGAUAAGAAGGAUGAGGCUCUCGACACAUGGUUGAGAACGGUGCCAGUAUGGGUGAGGGCAAAAAGGACAUUGGUAGAAGAGGAGGUGAUUACUGUUGCUUCCUACUUAGAGGGUUCAGCAGCCCGUUGGCUAAACGGACUGGUAGCUUCAAAGGGCUUCGGCAGGAACAUGCAUGAUUGGGCGCAGACCCACACAUUGGAAAGCUUUAUGGACUUAGUGGAGGCGCGUUGGCACAACCCUCAACAGGCACAUAUUGCCACUGAUGGGCUCUUAAAACUUGAUACUAGAAAGUACAAGUCUGUGCGGGAACUUACCACAGUCGUAGAGCGCCUGAUCGUCGUCCCGGGAGUGGAGUACAAUCCACAUGUCUUGCUGACAAUGUUCCUGAGAUGUCUUCCCACAGACAUUAGGAAUUUAUUAGUCAGCGAGGCUUUUGAGUCAUUCAGCAAGAAGGCCCUAGACUUAGAGGCUACGCUGGGUGGAGCUCAAACCCCUUCUACGGAUGGGAGAAAGAAGAAGACUCCACAAGGGUGGAAGAAGAAGGGUAGUCGGUUGAUGAUGGUUGAUUCCGACGGAAAUCAAACCGAGAUCGAUGAUGUUUCCGAACUUGUGGAGGGUUCAGAGUUUGACGGCGAGGAGAGUGUUGAGGGUAGCAACCUCGCCGCCGUAGUUAAGACUAAGGCAGCUGGCCGCCGCAAGGGAGGUCAACAAAGGAGUCAGGGGAAGGCCGCUAACCCAAACAAAAUAGUUGCUUGGGUUAGAGCAGGUCUGGAUCAAGAAGUGUGGCGGGACCGUUGGUCUCGUGGUGCUUGCAUUAACUGCGUGAUGGCUCAGCAGGAGGGGAAGAAGUUGAGACCGAUCGAGUACAUGAGCAAAAAGAUGCCUUCAAAGAAGUUGGCAAAGUCCACCUACGAGAGGGAACUCUACGCUCUUUACAAGGCACUUGUCCACUGGAGGCACUAUCUGUUAGGAAGAGAUGUGAGAUUCACAAGCGAGAUGUGGAAGAAGGCCGCUGAACAGAUGGGCAGCCAGCUUCAGAUGACUCCUGGCAAUCAUCCCGAAGCAAAUGGGCAGGCUGAACAGAUGAACCGAGUGGUGCAGCAUCUGCUGAGGCAUUACAUCAAGCCCAACCAGGAUGACUGGGAUGAAAAAUUACCUCUCAUCGCCAGCCUGUACAACAACGCUGAACACAGCACCACCGGCGAGACUGUCGAACACAUCAGGAAAUCUCAAGAAGACAUGAUUGCUUCUGAGAACAAGCAUCGCCGACAGUCCACAUUUCAGGCAGGGGAACGUGUCUGGGUCAAGGCUAGUGAAUUGGGACAGGAGUUUGGCAUCUCUAGGAAACUAAUGCCUCAGUAUUUUGGUCCCUGGGAAGUCCUAGACAUUGUGGGGAAUGAUUUGGAUGGUCCCUCGUAUGUUAUCCGUAUCCCUGGUCACUUACGCACUUACCCUGUUUUUCAUGCCUCCAAGCUUGCACUUUUCGUUGAGACAUCACAGUUCCCAUCACGGAGAUCUAUGCUGCCCCCAACCAUGGAUGGCCACGUGGACGUCGACGAUAUCCUGGAUCACUGAGACACGCCUGUUCCCAAGCCACCUGGCAGGGGAAGACCUCCCAAACCUGCGAGGGAAUACAGAGCAGGGCUAAGCCGGCAACUGGUCGGU